AUGCGAGCGCGGCUGCUGCUGGCCCUGGCGGCCAUGUCGCUGCUCCUAUACAGCAUCCGCGACCAUAUCAGCCAGCUGGGUGAAGUUGCCCGCACGUACGCCACCUUCUACAGCCUCCUUCGGGACCACCCGGAGCUUCUGUACCGAUAUCCCACCGACGAGGAGCAAGACACGACGACGACGACGACGACACCUGGUGACUUGGGCGUCGAUGCGGCGCAAGACACACUCACAUCGUCGACGACGAUGUCGACGGGCAGCAGCAACGCCAUGAGGAUCCCGCGCAUCAUCCACCAGAUCGCCCUCGGCAGCGCCAACACGUCCAAGCACGCCGACGCCAUGGCCUCGUGCCGCGCCAUGCACCCGGACUGGGAGCACAUGCUGUGGACCGACGCCAACGCGUCCGACUUCAUGGCCGACAACUACCCCUGGGUGCUGCCGCACUACACGCGCUACCCGCAGCAGAUCCAGCGCGCCAACGUCCUCCGCUACGUCGUGCUGCACGCCAUGGGCGGCGUCUACCUCGACCUCGACGUCACCUGCCUCGUGCGCCUCGACGACACCCCCCUCGUCCGCCUGCCCUUUGUCUCCCCGGGGGCGUACCCGGCCGGCGUGAACAACGCCUUCAUCGCCGCGCGCAGGGGCCACGCCUUCCUCGAGCACCUCAUCGAGGCGGUGCCCCGCUACGACAUGUUCUGGGGGCUGCCGAUGCGCGUCCCCUACGUCGAGAACAUGCUGAGCACGGGGUGCAUGUUCUUUUCCAACCGCUGGAUGAGCUUCGUCCGGCGGCUCUACCACCGACAACAGCGGCAGCGGGGUGAAGACGGCAACGACGACGUGGACGAGGCCCAGCGCGUCUACAUCCUUGCUGAUGCAACCGGCGACAUGGCCGCGCAUAUGCUCCGCGGCAAGGUGACGACGCCGCUGUUCGCGCACGGGGGCGCCAGCAGCUGGCACAGCUGGGACGCGGCCCUCAUCAUCAUGAUCGGAAAGCACUACGUCGUCUUCGGCGCCUUCAUCGCGGUGUUGGUCUCCGCCGUCGCCGCGUCCGUCGCGUGCGUAUGCGCGCGCCGGCAGGGGCGGUUCCGGAGAAAGAGCGGCUUCCUGAGUCGUCUGACGAGGUCCAGCUGGAAGGCUGUAGGGAAGUCAUCGAGUCUGGACAAGGAGAGCUGGGUGUGA